AUGCCAAUACUCAAUCAGCUCGUCAAAGAUGUCCAAGAACUACGACAAAGCGCCAAUCCGGAAACUCACCGAGACUCUCAUACACAAAUCGCGAAUGGCCCUACCAUAACGCCCACUCCGAGAACCAAGCCACACCCAACCAAGAUAACGGAACAAGAGAGUCGACGCCGAAACAACCCGCUUACUCGACACCACCCCUCUAGACUCAUCCUUCACAUAGAAACCCCACCGGAUCCUACACAACGUCAGAAGGACCGAGGAUUAGUAGAAGCUAUCAAUGAAAGACUAAAGGAGGUCACGAAAGUCACGGUCAACGGCAUUAAAUGGAACAAUAAAGGUAACUGUAUCGUUAUCACACACCCCGAUUACACAGCGGAUGACUUGCUUCCUUUCAAAGACGCUUUCGCAGACUUAGUUGUCGGAAACUCCAACUACUCAGCCACACCAGACAAAGAAUGGUUCCGCGUCCUCCUCAAUAGUGUAGACACAGGGAAAUCCGAUGCUGAAGAUAUGAUGGAAUUCGAACCACGAACCGGGGCAGAGGUAAUUUACGAAAUGAAAACUAACAAUCCCAGUGUACGCAGCAUCAACUUCAAAGCAGAACCCUCAUGGAUGGCGAAGCCGGAGACUCUCGAACACAAAUACCACUCAACCAUGCUCUUAACGGUCUCUUCACAGGACGAAGUCGACUACCUCCUCAAACACGUCGCCAUGGCAUACAUCAAGAACAGACCUGACUUUACGGUUACCCUUCGCUCUGAUCUCGCAAUGGACGCUGACAUACAAAUUUUACAGAUCAACCAAGGAACACAUACGCCCAUAAUACUUGUAAAUAUGUACAACCAGAAAGCAGGCGAGGACCCAUCAAACUGGUCAUCAGACCGUCUAGUCAACAUCGAACUACCAAACGGAAUGCCGGUUAUCAUCUCGGGAGAUAUGAACCUACACCACCCAUUGUGGUCAAACACAGCUGAGAACCCCAAUCCUCGAGCAGAAGCUUUCGUUGACUGGCUAACUGACCAGGGUUUCAUAAUGCUAAAUGAACGCGGAGCAACAACCUACUUUGCACACGAUGGUGAAUCCUCAUCGGUCCUGGACCUAACGUUCAUCAAUAACAGAGCAUACGAACUCGACACGAUCAAGGACUGGUCAAUAGACCACCGUCAAGCUUACGGCUCAGACCAUGCAGCGCUCACAUGGACACUAGACCAUGAAUGUGUUCCUAUUGAGAACAUCACAGCUCAACGGUUCAAUUGGAAAGAUAUC